ACAGCAAAUUUAGCAAAUAGACAAAAUUCUAAGAUUAUUUCAUUUGUUAUUUAUAAUACUAGGAAUCUCAUUCAUGAUAUAGAGUUUCUGGUAUAUUUCAAUACUGUAUUUCAACCAGCUUUAAAUAAAUUAAACCAUCUAUAAAUCAAAAUGUUAAUCAACGAACAUACAGGUAAUUUAUCUUCCAUCCUAGAUUCUCUUGUCAUGUCAGAAACUAAAAUAGCAAGCUGUUUAUACGAAUAAAGUUCUUUUGGUACCAUAUGAAGAAUCACACGUGAUUACGUAUCAUGGGUGGAUGAAAGAUGAGGUAGGCACGGCUAUCCCUUUUAACAACAGUAUAACUCCACGGAAGGAAUUUAUGCUCAGGCUCUGCAACAUACGGAGAAGUAUCUUGAAAAAUGAACAUGAAAAGAGACUAACAGACCACUAGGAAAUCCAGCAAGCAACCGCCUCCGAGCCCUUAAGUCUCGACGAAGAAUACGCAAUGCAAAAAAGCUGGAGAACAGAUCAUGAUAAAUUAACAUUUAUCAUCUGUCUACCCACCGACGAUACUGAUACUGCAUCAGAAGUAAUUAGAAAAGACGUAUCCGAUGCCCCUAGGAAAAUGAUUGGAGAUAUAAAUUUAUUCCUCACAGAAGCAGAUGAAGAUGAAGAGGGAUGUAUAGGAGAAAUAGAGAUCAUGAUAGCCGAAUCAUCGGCUAGAGGAAAUGGACUGGGUAGAUCGGCCGUACUUACUUUUCUGGAAUAUUUGAGGAGGCAUUUGGAGAGGAUUAUGGAGGAGUAUAGAGAUGGAAUUCGGGGAAGGGGAGGCGAAGAUGAAAUUGUUGCAGUUGAGGGUUAAGAUUGGGGAAGAAUGUUCGAGUAUU